AUGGCCUUCGAUAGCCUGUCAGAGGCCUUUGAGAGAGUACCGUUGGAGGAGGUCGACAAGAUGGCUAUGAACGCAAUCGGCUACAUGACGGAACCCUCUGAUUUCAAGUUCGGCUUUAAGCCUCGGAGACUAUGUGUGAAGGAUGUAGUCCGAAGAGAGUGGGAUACCGCUGAAGCAGACUCGAGCAAGGUCAAGGAAUCUCGUCUGGUGUAUGUCGGUUUAACCAGAACCGCAGACGCAGCCCUCACGGAGCGCUGGAGCAAUGUUGGGAAAUGGGAAGCACUGGCGGCCUUGGACAUCGCAGUUCUCGCUCUCCACGCCACAGGCGGUAUCAGAGCAAGGUCCGGUGUACGGUGCCUGCGCGGCGACGGCGGCCACGAGGGUGAAGACGGUGAAGAAGAUGCCACGCAUAGUUUCUAG